CGGAUGAAGUGGCCAUGGACAAGCCACAGGGAGAACAAGAAGAGGAUCCAUGAGGAGUACGAGCGGCGCCGGAAGCAGCUCCAUGAUCUCUGCCUCGCACUUAAGGCUGAUUCCGUCUCUGAUUUGCAGGAUCUCCUUUGUUGCAUGGUUCUCUCCGAGUGCGUUUACAAGCAUGUAUUAGUGUGAUUCUAAUGCCCAAUCGUCUGAUUUAGAAGUGAAGACAAUUCGAAUAACCAGCCAAAUGACUUAGAUAGGACACUGAGACAGGGACACAGAGAUACAAAAUCGUGUUUGACAGAGGAGACAUGGACAAAGACAUUGUGUCCAGAGACACCGAAUCAGUAUAUUUUGUGUCCAUCCUGACAGGAAGGACACGAAGACACUAACAAGGGAUACAACUUAUUUUUCAUUUUUUCUUUUAUUAUUCUUGUUAAUUUUUUAUAAUUUUAUUUUUCAUCUCAAAUUUUUUGAAUGGAAAAAAAUGAGAAUAAAUUGAAUUUUCAUAAUUUGUUCUAGUUUAUCAUCAAACAGAAUACAAGAACACAAAAUUGUGUCUUUGUCCUUUAUGUCUUGUUCUCAGUGUCUUGUCUUGUCUUGUUCUCAGAAACAAAUGCAGCAUAAGAGUUUUCACCAUACUAAAUGGCCUUAGGUCUUGCAUAAACACGAAGCUACUUUGAAACUUCACUAAGAGUAUAUGUAUGCUAUGCUUGCAUGAAAUUUAGUUAGUUAGUGUCAAUCAACAAGUUAAUUACUCUCAUUUAUGUCUAGUGUCAAUCGACAAGUUAAUUACUCUCAUUUAUGUCUGACUUCCUAUAAUUUAGAGACCUGCCACCGAGAUGAUUAGAGCUGUAAAUAAAUUUAAGGCUGAUUUUGGAGGACAUAUUGUUGCAUUGGAACGGGUGCAACCUUCGUCAGAUCAUGUUCCUCAUAGGUAUUUGUUGGCUGAGGCAGGAGACACUUUAUUUGCUUCUUUUAUAGGGACAAAACAAUAUAAGGAUGUAAUUGCUGAUGCAAAUAUACUUCAAGGUGCGAUCUUCCAUGAGGAUGCUCCUGAGGCGGCAGAUGGAUGUGCACAUGCUGAAUCUGAUAAGGGUGAAAACUUAAAUGGAAAAGAAUAUAUGUGGAACCCUUUGGAGUCAAGGCCUAAACAAAUAAAUAGUAAAUCUAAACCUGCUGCUCAUAGGGGUUUCUUGGCUCGUGCUAAAGGAAUACCUGCUUUAGAAUUGUAUAGGCUUGCUCAAAAGAAGAAACGCAAGCUUGUUUUAUGUGGUCAUUCACUUGGUGGAGCUGUAGCCGCAUUAGCUACUCUUGCCAUUUUGAGAGUAGUUGCUGCUUCAUCUUCAUCAAAGGAAAAUGAGAAAGUCUCUAUCAAAUGUAUAACAUUUUCUCAGCCUCCUGUAGGAAAUGCUGCUCUGAAGGACUAUGUUAAUAGAAAAGGUUGGCAGCACUAUUUUAAGAGUUACUGCAUCCCGGAAGAUUUGAUUCCUCGUAUUUUAUCUCCUGCUUAUUUCCACCAUUAUAAUAAUGCUCAGCCUCAGUCAGUGCUUUCUGAAAAUGAAACUAAUGGGUUAUUAUCGUCAAAGAGGGGCCAAGAUUCAGAGAAGCCAAAAGAGAAUGAUGGAGAGCAGUUGGUUUUGGGGGUAGGUCCUUUGCAUAAAUCCUUCUGGAGACUCUCAAAGCUGGUACCCUUAGAAUCCGUACUGAGACAAUUUAGUAAACGAGAGAGACAAAUUAAUUCUAUUGAAACAAAUUCGAUGCCUGGUUCUCUUGCUAGUACUUUGAUUGAGGAGGAAGUAGUUGAACCACAAUCACUUGAAAUACAAGAGGAUUCUGAUGGCAUAUCACUCAAGCCUUUUCCAGACAGUGACAAACAUUCGUUGGAGUUGGCAAAGAAUGGAAAAACAAAUACAAAAGGCAAUAUUGUAACUGGAGACGAAAGAAAAUGGCGCAGAGUUCCAUAUUUACCUUCAUAUGUGCCAUUCGGACAGCUUUAUUUAUUGGGAAAUUCCUCAGUAGAGUCACUAUCAGGUGCGGAGUACUCAAAACUGACAUCGGUCAAAUCAGUGAUUACGGAAUUGAGGGAAAGAUUACAAUCUCAUUCAAUGAAAUCAUAUAGAUCUAGAUUCCAAAGAAUCUAUGAUUUGUGUAUGAGUGAAAAUUUCCUAGGGAUUGAGCAAUGGCAGCAGUUUCCUCAUCUACAACAAUGGCUUGGCCUUGCAACUGCAGGGACUGUGGAGCUCGGGCAUAUAGUCGAGUCUCCUGUUAUUCGCACUGCAACUACAAUUGUUCCUCUCGGAUGGGAUGAUGGGCCUGGAGCGAAAAAUGGAGAACCUCUAAAAGUUGAUAUUACUGGUUUUGGGUUGCAUCUCUGUACAUUGGUUCAUGCCCAAGUUAAUGGUAACUGGUGUUCGACUUCAGUUGAGUCCUUUCCUUCUGCCCCAAAGUAUUCUUCAAAUCAAGGAAUUCAGCCGGAAUUACAGAAGAUGAGAAUAUUAGUUGGUGCUCCACUAAGAAGGCCACCAAAGCAUCAAACUUUGUUAGAUUCAUUGUUGCCCGUGUUCACUUCUGUUGAUUCUGAGCUUGCUAGGAACUUAGCACCCAUUGACAAGGAUAAGUUUAUCCGUCCGGAAAGUUUAAAUAACUUCUCAAUAUUCUGCACUAGUGAUUUUUCAACGGUUUCUAAAGAGGUUCACAUCAGAACUCGUAGGGUACGAUUAAUUGGGAUGGAGGGUGCUGGUAAAACUACUCUUUUAAAGGCAAUCUUGAAUAAACGUAAAUCCAACAUUUCCUCCAUAGAGGAUGCACUUUUGGAUGUUGAUGUACCGGAAGGUAUUGCUGGUGGUUUGUGCUACUGUGAUUCCUCUGGAGUAAAUAUGCAGGAACUUAACAAGGAAACUUCUUGCUUCAGGGAUGAUUUGUGGCUUGGAAUCCGAGAUCUAAGUAGGAAGACAGAUUUAAUUGUUCUUGUUCACAACCUAUCCCAUAGCAUACCUCGAUAUAGUAAUUCAAAUAGCUCUCAACCAAAGCCUGUCCUUUCACUUUUCUUGGAUGAGGCCAAGUCUCUUGGAAUUCCAUGGGUUCUCGCAAUAACAAAUAAAUUUGCAGUUAGCGCACACCUUCAAAAGGUAGCGAUCAAUGCUGUUUUGAAAGCUUACGAAGCAUCUCCUAACUCAACCGAAGUUAUAAAUUCCUGUCCAUAUGUUAUGCCUGGUUUUGCUGGGGCCACUCUAUCAUGGGAUCCAAACAAUGCAGAUUCUGUUAAAAAGAUGGGUCCUCAAAAGCUUUUAUUGGCUCCUAUUAAUUUUGUUAAAAGGCCCUUCCAGAGGAAGGAGAUAGUUCUUCCAGUUGAAGGUGUCGACUCUCUUUGUAAACAAAUCCACCGGGUACUUCGCAGUCAUGAGGAGUCUUCAUUACAGGAAUUUGCCAGAGACAGACUUAUGUUGGAGUUGGCAAGAGAACAAGCAAUGUCAAGUGAUGCAAGUAGAGAUGCUCGAGCUAAGGCGAAUUCAUUUAAUUCUGCUGCUGUGGGUGCAUCUGUUGGUGCUGGUCUUGGCAUUGUCCUUGCCAUUGCAAUGGGGGCAGCAUCUGCCCUGAGGAAGCCCUAAGUUCCCAAUUUCCUCUCUUGACAAUGAGUUGGUGAUUGCCGUGUUCAAAUGUUUGUUGCUAGGACUUCAUUCUUUGUUUAGAUAAGAUAGAAUAGACUCUUUUUUUUAAUCCCCCUCAAGGGAAAAAAAGGUGAAAUCAGGAAGAGACUUAUUUGUGGGCAAGAUUUAAUUCCUUGCUACUAGCAACAUAUAAUUAAUUAUUUAUUUAUUCAAGUAGAGAUCCAUAAAUUAUUUA